CAAUGGCAACAGUUCCUGGGCCGUUGAUUUGGGAAAUUGUGAAGAAAAAUAACUCCUUUUUGGUUAAAGAGUUAGGCAAUGGGACGGCCAGUGUUCAGUCAAGCAAGAAGAGCAAUAGGAUUAGCAAAUCACAAAACGGUUAUGAUUCAACCUGGAGGAAAUGAUUCAUCUGUGCUUCAUAAGUCAGUGAUGAUGAAGGAAUUCGGUUGGAUGGCUAAGGAUGUUGCCAAUCAGGUCGCAGAUAACUCCUACAGGCAUGAUUUGAAAAAUGCAGCCCUUGCAAGUCAAAUGAAAGGAUUACACAAUGUUCGUUAUUGUCUGUUGCAGUGAGCUUAGUGGAGUCGAGUAUGGUAAACCGGCAACAACAACGUGUUGGCAAUAACAGAUUUAAUGUUCGGGAGUGAGAUAUUGGGGGAACUAAUUCCGGCCUAAUGAUUAUGAUUAGCAGGACAGAACAGACUGACACUACUACUAGCUCAACUACCCUCCUAAUGGACUCCGCGUUAACGGCUUUAUCAUUCCCUCUGUAUGUAUUGAUCCUUAAAUGAAGGUAAGGAUAGGAUGUUGGUUUGUUCACACAGUCAGCGUGAUUGGGGGUUUUGCAAGGUAGUUAGUUUGGUCAUCAAACAGGCAUGAUUCAACUGCUGCAAACCACUUAGUCUGUUCAUCGAGCGAAAUUUUUUAUGGAAAGUGAAAGGGAAAUUUUUUUAUGGAAGGUGAAAGGGAAAUAAAGUGAUGGGAAAGAAAAUAAAAUAAAAUAAAAUUUUCAUUGUACAAUUCGUUUGAUGG